GGUGAUCCGAGGGGUUCUUCCCUGUACAUAAGCCUCCGUCCUUCUCACUGGUGGAAUUUUGCCCCAUCCUUUUCCUUCAUUGCAAUUGAGUGUCUCGAAAUCAUGAACAGAUCUUCGGUUGUCUACUUCCUCCUCGCUCUCGGACUUCUUUUUCUGAUGUUCUAAUGUUCUAUUGGUUUGGAAACUUAUACCAGAGGGAUCAUAUGUCCAAUCUCAUUCGAUGGGAGCAAAUUCUUCAUGUUCUUUCUCCAAUUAGGGUUUUUGAGGUCCUCAGGGAAAAACCCUAGUCCCUUGUGCGAGGACAGUGAUAGCUUUUGGUGGAACGAACGGUUCUCGCAGAAGAAAUGAUUCGUCUCCCAAGGGAGUUGCCCUGCGUGUAAAAUGGCGACUAUUUCCAUUCCCAGCUUUUAGCUGCUUUGGAAUCAGAUUCAAAGCCUCCUGUUGCUUCCACCAGCUUUCUUCAACCCAAGAAACAAAGACAGCUACAAUGACGUGAUUGACCUAAGAACGAAGCUAUCUUAUUAUUGUUCUAUCCAUAGCAUUUCCACGCCUUAGUGAUCGAUUCGACCCAUCAAUCAAUUAAAGUUCAGAUUAAGUGGAUGUCACCAAAUAUAUCCGUUCAUAUGACUUCGGCGAGGUGUAUGGAUAAAUUAUAAUUUCCUGAUUGCUACGUGACGGCCUGCAGGAAUGGAUAAGGACUCGAUUUCCAGUACAUUCACGUUUCCCUCGUCAGGUCCAAAGUGCUGUGUUAGUAUAAGAAGCCGUCCGCUUUCCCUCGAACAAACUCGCCCUUCCCCUUCUCUUCCUCGACACAUCCCCCCAUUCGCCUCCGACUCCAGGCGGGAGAUUCCGCAAUGGUUACGAUGACAAGAUCGCUCUUGGGGCUCAAAACCCUCCCCUCGUUCGCCCCUCUGAAUUGUGGGCCUGCUUCGAGGAACGCGGUCUCUUCUCCCGUUUUGAUAGUCGCUGGUUGUCGGAGCAACAGCCAGGUCGAUCGGAUCCUGAGGUUCCGCUGCCCCAGGCCUGGGAUUCUGAUCAGGACGCGGCCGACGGUGCAAAGGGACACCGUCGCGAGAUCGGCGAUCGCUGCUUCUGGUCCCGCUGAUGCCGCUGCAACCUCCGUAACCGGUUCUGAAUUUCAAAUGGUGCCAAGAAUCAGGGGGAUUUGCUUUUACUCUGUCACGGCUGUGGCUGCGAUCUUUCUGUUUGCUGUAAUGGUGGUGGUGCACCCGUUUGUGGUCCUGUUUGAUAGGUAUCGACGCCGGGCUCAUCACUUGAUUGCAAAGAUUUGGGCAACAAUGACUAUCAUCCCUUUCUAUAAAUUUGAGUUCGAGGGAAUGGAAAAUUUGCCGCCUCAGGGCACCCCAGUUGUUUAUGUCUCCAACCACCAGAGCUUCCUGGACAUAUACACCCUUCUGACGCUAGGGAGGAGCUUCAAGUUCAUAAGCAAGAGAAGCAUUUUUCUGUUUCCGAUCAUUGGGUGGGCAAUGUUCCUCAUGGGUGUAAUACCUCUUCGCAGAAUGGAUAGCAGGAGUCGGUUGGAUUGUUUCAAGCGAUGUAUGGAAUUUGUGAAGAAAGGGGCAUCUGUUUUUUUCUUUCCAGAGGGAACAAGAAGUAAAGAUGGAAUGCUGGGUGCUUUCAAGAAAGGGGCAUUUAGUGUUGCUGCAAAGGCUGGUGUACCUGUUGUGCCCAUAACCCUUAUUGGAACUGGCAAGAUUAUGCCUCCUGGAAAGGAGGGCAUAUUAAACUCAGGUUCAGUGAAAGUUGUAAUACACAAAACUUUGGAUGGAAAAGAUGCAGACAAACUAUGCAAUGAAGCUAGAGAUGCAAUAGCUCGAACACUUUUGCUUCAUGGCUACGGAGUACAUUAAAAUGAGUAGCUGGAUAUUGCUGAAUUUCAGACAUCUCAUGUCGAUGGUUGCGAUUGGUUGAACUUUUAUUCAGGUAAAGCUGUCAGCCUUCAAUUGGUUGCUUAAUUGAUCGAGUUGAAAGUUUGUUUUGAAAUUUUCUUGAUGCAUCAGACAUCUGAUUUAUUGUGUCUUGCCUCUUGCACCAUUAUAUGUGGACAAGGUUGGGUACCAUCCAUGUGUUUGUGAGCAACGGUUGAAUGAUCCAAAUAAGAAACCAGGUCAAAACAUUAUUCUUUGCCAUUAGAACAGUAUCAUUGGUGCACUGAGAAGCGGAUUCGAGGAUAAGAAUGGAUUUGUAGCUUUUAAGCAAUUUUUUGAGGCAAACAGGUUAGAAAUAGAUUGAUACAUAAUAUAGCUGAAUGUUGACCAGAUUGAUACAUAAUAUUGCUGAAUGUUGACACAAUAUCCAACCUGAAUCUGCAUUCUUGAUCAGAAUCAUGCCCAAGUUCUUUGCAAUUGAACCUUGUCAACAUCAGAUAUAAAUGAGGUUGUAGCUAUUGGUUCUAAUAUAUGGAGGAAGCGAUCCUCAGAGCACGACUUGGUUGUUGGAGACUUGAAGACAACUGCCGACAAUUGAAAUUAUUGAUAAGUAUCUAGCUUGGAAUCAGGUGCACUUGCAGGGUGCAAUUGAGGCCCUGCGUUGGGAUUUAACUUGUCAGUGGGACAUGAUGAUGAGUUGAAGAUUGAAAUGGAGAGACUGAUCAGGUGGCUGGUUUGAUAGAAAGAUUAACCCGUAUGGGCAGGGUGACCCAUGGAGGCAUCCACAUAGCACUAGAAAUGGGCUGCCAGUUACUGUUCUUCAGGUGUUAUCUAACUAUACUAAAUAAGCAUGUUUAGAUUAUGUGAAUCGUGGUUGUCUUUAUUGUGUCUCUUUCUGACUAUGUACACUCAGUUGCAAGAUAAUUCUAUAACUGGUGUUACCAUACCUUUGUGGUUCUAACAUUGCUGAACAAGCAUCUUUUGAUGUUGGGCAAUGUCAUUUGGUGUCAUAUUUCAUUGGUUAUACUUCUUAGUUGCAAGAAUAUUGUUCACUGUCACCAUGUCUAGUUAACCUUUACGGAGCAAUUAGUUUUAUAUUUAUGAUACUGUUAGAUAUGUUGCUGCACUCUGAGCAUUAUUUUCAAGCUUUAUCGAUAAGCUUUAUAUCUUACAAUUAUAAUUUGAAUCUUACACAACAUUUCUUGACACAUAUGGGUCAAAACUUCAAAGACAAGGAAUUUCAUCUCAGUAACAUCGAAUUCAUGUCCUAGGGUAAACCCCGUUAUUGUUUAAUAUUUAAUAUCCAGCUGCAAAAGAUAAAUUUAAGUUCAGUAGUAUCUUGUGAGAAAUUAUACUACCAUGUUCGUUACAUGAUGUAAAUUUAAGUUCAGUAGGAUAAUUUAAAUUUCUUACAUGAUCUAAAUUCCUUUCAUUCUUGUCUUGCACUGUCUUUUACAGCUUUUCUACUUACCAGAGGAGUUUAUCAUAAAAAUUCUGUAUAUAUCAUCAUAUUAGCGCAAGACUGUUUUAAGUUUGACCUGAUAAUGUAUGUUAAAGUGAAAAAAAAAAAAAUCUGAAACGUGUAUCACUUUUACCUAGACCCUAGAAGUGGAUGUCAAAUAUCAUAAGUGUCGAAAAAUUUCACACAUCAAUGGUGAACCAUUUAGAUUUAGGAACCUAGCCAUCUUCAUAUCAUGCAUGUGUACACAAACUAGUGGCACUUAGAAUAUUGUAGAAUACAAAAUGCUGCAGCAAAGAAUUGAAGAGCAUAAGUCAUGUUACAUAGUGAAGUAUUUAUUUGGGUUACAAUAGAGGCUAAUGCCAACAGAGACCACCUGAGGCAUCUCAGGUGUCUUCUGAUGUUCCUUGUUGUGGUUAAUAGGGGAUGUGAAAAGAUUCCCUAAAAAUGCUGCAUUGGUUUAAGACUAAUAUGAUCAUACUUUGAAAUUCUUUGAACUCAUUGUCCAUGCUUGAUAUAUACUGCAUUUUUGUAGUUCUGCUCAUGGCUUUCUGAAUGUCAGGACAAGGAUCCUCUGACUUGAUACAAGGAGCAUAAGCAAACUACACAAGCAUGAUUUGAAAACAUGAUAUGGCUAAUAGAAGCACUACCUUUUAUAGAGGCCGGGAGGGAGGACUUCUAGUUUAAUACAGAAUUUUGAUGAGUGAAGAUGGUAUCAGAAUAAGAAGCAAAAGCUCUCUCAUCAUAGGAAGCUAUACAGGCUCUCGAAGGUUUGCUGCUUUGCAUGUGAAAUCUCAAAGUCCUGCCAUGAUCAUGUAGACAUUAACAAGAAAGAAGCUGUAGUAGAUUACAGGAACAUACAUUUCUUGAAAGAAGGAAAGGGAUUUAAAUGACAAAGAUACAGAGGAAAACAGGCAUGUCAAUCCAGAACACAUCGCCAAAGACCCAAGGAACGAUAACAUCAGCUAGUCUUUGCCUUUGGAACUUCAAUGGUUAUCUUGAACCAAGGAAUCCACACGGACGUCGUCCUCUGGUACUCUCUGAAGGCCUCAGCCCUGUAAUCCUUCUUCAGCAUUAGCCGCUCUACCAGCCCCGUGACAUACGCCAAGCACAAGCUAUGGGCCGAUGAGAAUCCACCCUUGCACAUUCCAUGCGAACAGAAACAGAGACCACCACCAGAGCUGUUCCCCCAAGUGGUUGGGGUGGCAAGAGUCCCUCCAUAGUCCCUCCUCAAGGUUUGGCACCAAGGGUGCACCAUGUCUGCUUAAUGUUUCGUUCCUGCUGACUAACUCCUAGAGUUCUGUAUCCGCGGAGUAUGCGAUGACUUUUCCGCUUAUGCAGGAGAUUGUGGCGAAGGAGUCCCAGAGAUUUCAAGGUUUGUCACUCGAGUGAAUCGCAUACAUUGGCAGGCAUAUGCCAAUCAAGAACACGUGCCGUAUCAAAAUCUUAUUAGGACCUGUAUUAGAAAGAUUCACAGCCGCAUUUUCUCGAACAGAUGAUGGGCACAAAAAGAUAGGGGAGGAGGGCUUCGAAUUCUCUCACCUGCUGGGGGAGGUAGAUGGCAAAUAAGGAGAUCCACUACCGGGGCCAGCCGUACUCCAUCCUCAUCUUGUCCUCCCUCGUCCCUCACUGUCACAUUUCCCUUCGAAAAUAGUUGAUGUUCCAUGCCCAAAUAAGCAUAGUCGUCAUCGCCAACCUUGUUGUGUCCGCCUUCGCUAGCAUAUGAUAGAUUGUGUAUUAUCUAUCAUUGAUUAAUUGAUUGAUUGAUUGAUUGUGUAUUA